GGGUUCGAGUGAGAGCGCGACUUCGGAUUGGGCCAGGGGUUCGGCGAGGGUUCUCGGGGGCGUCGUGGGGUUGGGGGCUGUUAUUGCGAGCGGGGAGUUAGAUUGUUGAGGGAGGCGAAGCUAAGAUGGCGGCGGAGACGGUGGAGCUGCACAAGUUGAAGCUUGCGGAGUUGAAACAAGAGUGUUUAGCCCGAGGAUUGGAGGCAAAAGGAAACAAACAAGAUCUCAUCAAUAGACUCCAGACAUAUCUAGAGCAGCAUGCCGAGGAAGAGGCAAAUGAAGAAGACGUUUUGGGAGAAGAAACAGAGGAAGAAGAACAGAAGCCUUUAGACAAUCCUAUUAAAGAGGAAAUGACUACAGAGACCUCUCCUGAAAUAAGUGCAGAAAAAAAAGUGGUGAAAAUUACCUCAGAAAUUCCUCAAAUGGAGAAACUCAAGGCAGGGAGUAUAGCAGUGAGGGAGGAAACUGUGGUGAACGCUUCUUUAUGUAAGGAGGAGAUGCUGCAGUCUUUGAAAAAGAGAAUGCAGAAGCGGGCAGAGAGAUUCAAUGUUCCUGUGAGCUUGGAAAGUAAGAAAGCUGCACGAGCAGCUCGGUUUGGUAUGCCUGCAGUUUCAACUAAAGGUCUGAACACAGAAAGUAAGACACCAGUAAAUAUGGACAAAUUAAAGGAAAGAGCUCAAAGAUUUGGUUUGAAUGUUUCCACAAUCUCCAGAAAGACCGAAGAUGAUGAAAAACUGAAAAAAAGAAAGGAGAGGUUUGGCAUUGUUACAAGUUCAGCUGGAGCAGGAACUACAGAAGACACAGAGGCAAAGAAGAGAAAAAGAGCAGAACGUUUUGGCCUUGUCUGACGAUCUUCCUCUUAGUAUUUACUUGUUCAGGGUGUAUGUUUUAAAUAUUCUUCAUCUCUAAGGAAGAAUACAGUUUCUCCCUCACACACAUCUUGACUUUGUAUUUCAAAGCUAGCUAUUGAGUUGUUUGCACCCUACCCCACACUCUUUCAGACCGGAAAAGUACAGAAUAAAAGUAUUCUGUUUAUGUAUGUUGUAAUCAAUUUGGAUCUAGUGGUAAUUUUUUUUUAGCCAUUUGUAUCCAAAGUACACAUUGCUGCUUCUUUUUGGAGUAGAGGCAGCUGUGCAAAGGGAUUCCCCAACUAAUAAGAAUUGUCACCUUCAGCUCCAUUUAAACUUAAUCAGUAAUAAAUAAAGUUGUUUGAGCACUCCUUGUAUUUUUCUAUAGGCAUUCAUUGCCUAGGUAUUUCUAAUUUUCUAUUAAUUUUAGCUAAGAAAUAUUUUUUCUUUCAUUUAUAAAUUCCAAUCAUAAAGUCAAUCAGUUUCUUCUUCAGUUACUAUUAAGUUUAGAUUUUACUAAAAAGUAAAACAUUUUCUCCUUGGAGUUAUAUGUUUACUAAAUAUUGAAGCUGAUGAAGUUAUGGAAUCUUAAGAUGGAUCUUGCAUUAUCCUUCACUAAAAUAGAACUACUUUUUACGUAUUGUUCAAUUAUAUUAUAUGAGUGGCCCACAGAAUAGAACAAAUUGCAUCCCAAUGUACAGGUAGUAAAAUUGUCAUGUUCUUAGCUAGACAGCAUCCUGCAGUAAUAUUUUAGAACUAUGCCUCAAAACUUUUAAAAUUCGUCAUGAAUACAGAAUUUCCUCCGUUAAAAAUAGUAUUUAAAGUUAUAAAAAACAAUAGGUAUAAAACUAUUACAAAAUAUUAUAUUCAUGUUCAGCUUUUUUAAAAACAGCUUUAAAUUCGUAGUUGAUUUUCAAAUACGGUGUUCUAUGUUUCUCUCUGAACUGAAUGUACUUUAAAUAUCUGACGCUUGGUGUUUCAAUUUAUUAAAGACAACUACUUGGAGAAAACUUCUUGCCUUUUACAUUACUACAUCCUAUUUCCUCAUAGACAAAUUAUUCAUAGCAGCUAUAGAAAUUGAAUGCAAGUGUAGGUGAGCAAGAAUACAUUUUUAGGCGAUUUCAUCUUUAUCUAAAUGUAUAUCAAUCUCAUUUUUUAACUAAGAAUAGACUAAACAAAUAUUAAUUUUUAUUGCAGAUCUUUAUCAUCCUUUAUAGAAAGAAGUUGUUAGAACAUUCUGUAUUUUAAAAACAAUCUUAAUGAUUUAUCAGAGGUUUUAUACUGUUACUGAUUGACUUUUGCCUUGAAUGGUAAUCAGUUUGGUCUCUUUGAGAUUUUUUUUUACCCUAGUUUUUUU